ACACACACACACACACACAGACGAGUGUCUGAGAAGUGCCCACAUUGUCUCCAUGGCUAGACUGGCUAGUCCUCCUUCAGUCUUUUUCACCAUUUUUGCUGUUGCCAUGGUGUUCAUUGGAACAGUUGCUCCACAAGCUGAAGGCGCCAGAGCUUUCUAUGUGUUCGGCGACUCACUGGUGGAUAACGGCAACAACAACUAUUUAUUCACCUCCGCACGAGCCGACUCUCCGCCUUACGGCAUCGAUUAUCCGAGUCACCGACCCACCGGCCGAUUCUCCAAUGGCUACAACAUCCCUGACCUUAUCAGCCAACAGAUUGGCGCUGAGUCCACAUUGGCAUACUUGAACCCUCAGCUCACCGGACAAAAACUACUUGUCGGUGCAAACUUUGCUUCCGCUGGAAUAGGAAUCCUGAAUGACACCGGGAUUCAAUUUGCAAACAUCAUAAGAAUCUACAGGCAAUUGGAGUUGUUCCAAGAGUACCAAAGACGCGUGAGUGCGCUUAUUGGAAUAGAGCAGACAAAGCGGCUGGUGAACAAAGGGCUGGUCCUGAUCACACUUGGUGGCAACGACUACGUCAACAACUACUUCUUGACGCCAAUAACGGCAAGAAGACUUCAGUAUUCUCUCCCUGAGUUUACACGUCUUCUCAUCACUGAGUAUCGGAAGAUUUUAAUGAGGCUGUAUGAUUUGGGAGCCCGGCGGGUCCUGGUGACUGGAACCGGACCAUUGGGUUGUGUUCCGGCAGAGCUAGCCGUAAGAAGCACAAAUGGGCAAUGUGCAGAGGAGCCCCAGCAAGCUGCAGCACUAUUCAACCCACGCCUCGUCCAGAUGAUUCAGAGUCUUAAUCAAGAGCUGGGUUCAGAUGUUUUCGUCGCUGUUAAUGCAGUGGAAAUGCAGAAUAACUUCAUUGACAAUCCACAAGCAUUUGGUUUUGUUACAUCAAAGGUAGCAUGCUGUGGACAAGGACCUUACAACGGGGUAGGAACUUGCACUGCUGUAUCCAAUCUUUGCCCGAACAGAGACAUAUACGCCUUUUGGGACCCCUUCCAUCCUACAGAACGGGCAAAUAAGAUUAUUGUCCAAACGAUCAUGACAGGGUCCGACAAAUAUAUGUAUCCAAUGAACCUAAGCACCAUCAUGGCCAUGGACUCCCAGACCUAGCCCCAUAGAUGAACUACUUAGAUACAAAUACAUAUGUGUGUUCUAGUCUAAAAUUUCCUUCUGGUAGUUCUUUUGUUUCUGUUAUCUGUCUCCAGACUGACUGCCUACAUGCACCUUGGUCAUUUCAGAGUUUGAAGGUAUGGUGAGUAGGCCUGAGCAAACACAAAAGGGUUUGAAAACAGAUUGUUUUUGGCAGAUUGUGGUAUGUAAUGAGUGAACCAUUGGGUUAAUUAAGUAUAUCUGUAUGUGUGUUAUAUAAAGUUCAUAUCUCCUUUUUAGUUCAGUUCUAAUGGAUGCUUAGUCCACCGUGAAAAUAGCGACCCGUGUGAGUUGGUUAAGGGGUCAAACAAACGAGUAAGUAUUGGGUGCAACGGUAACUUCACGUUAUCAUUGUCAUGUG